CGUCAGUCACGCUUUAACACAUUUCAAUUUACUCCGUUUCGUUUGCCGGAUCAUGGACUGGCGUCAAACAAUAUCGAUAUAUCGCUACUGAAUUAUGAAAGUCGUUAAAUUUUGACCAUACGACGAAAAAGUAGAUGGUAUAUUGGCGAGUUGACUUCGACAUUGAACCUUAUCUAUUUGUCUGGCUCAGAUAAAAGCCAAGGGCACAGCUAUGUUUGCACUUGUGUAGAAGUAUCAAAUGUCGAAAGUAUGUAUAUUGUUGUUGAAUCUCUAACAUAACCGUGUAUAGAUUCGAUGAUGUAUCUUCGACAACUCCUUGGUAGUUUUGUCCUGGUUCAUGUAUUAUGUGAUGGUAUCGAGUUGAAUAGUACAGAGUGCAUAAAGACUUGUAAAGAAGAGGUGCGUAUUUAUAGCAUAUAUGUGAUGUUGGUAACACAUGAUAUCCGUUCAUAAUUAUCCCAUUCGUUGUAACUUGUCGUCUCAGGUGGACUGUAAUUAAUACAAGUUGUGUCUCGGUUGAAUCAUAGUAUCGAAGGGAGACCUUUAGAAACUCCUGCACCUUAUUGUUAUAAUUUGAGUGCUUCAGUACCAUACUGAACCAUAGCCUAUCGAAGGGAAGAUGGCUAUGAAACUCAUUAGAAUAACAAUAUAACUCAUUAUCUAUGUGCGUCAACGUUUAUUCAUAAACCGUCACGUGUGUAUUGUAUUUUAAUGUCAAUUUACCUAUUGUUCGAGUCAAGGAUAGGUAACUUUUCUAAAACAUUACUAUUGGUUAGUUGAGCAAAAAUACAAUACACACUUGACGGUAACAUAAUUAUAUAAUGAGUUAUAUUCUUAUUCCAAUACGUUUCGCAGUCAUCUAUCCUUUGAUAGGCUAUGGUUAAAUUGGUGUAUUAUUCUUGCCAAUUCGCUUGGAUUUGCCAUUCAUUAUCUAUGCAAAAUAGUCCUUGACUGCAGUGUUACUUCAUUAUGCAUGUGUAUACAUUUGCCGUUGACGAUUGUUAUUCUAAACGUUUCGUAACCUCGACUUCGUCUCGGCGAAUAUUCCCCGAUAAUCACCUCGCCUUCGGCGAAUAAUUGUUAAACACCACGCAUAUAACAAUACGCUUUUUCGGGUUCGCGACUCCAUCUAGCUAAGUGCAUGGGCGAACACAAUAGAAUAGCAAUACCAUGACCCUAGCCCUAGGACAAGUAUUCCUAUUGGGACGAAGCGAUGGUUUUACCUGUGUGUUUGCCCCACUUGGUAAGAUCGCGUGUGAAUCCCGAAAAGGCGUCAAAUGGUAUAAUAAAUUUUACACGGAUAUAGUUUGGCUUUUUUUUACCAAUAUAUAGCUUGAUACUUCGACUCUUCGAGUGAAGGAAAGUCGGUGGAAUAACAAGGGAAUAUUGGCUGUAUUUAUACCUAAUCCAAAUACUAUAAAUAACUUGUCUGGGCACAUACAGUUAACCACGACAUCAUGGAGACAAUGACGUGGAUGGCAUUUCGAAAACAAUGAAAAGACAAUAGACAUUCUAAUUGACCUAUUUACAUGAUGGUACUAUUGUUAAUAACAGUAGUUUCUACAAUACAGGGUGUCUAAAAAAAAGGAGACCUUUAGAAAUUAUCCUGUUGGUAUAAUGUGAAUGCCUGAGCACUAUGCUGAACCCACGGAUGCCUAAUAUAUUGACAGGAUGUAUAUAUUAAAAAAGAUGAGACCAAUUAGAAAUUAAAAUAUCCUUUUUAAGCACAAGAUUUUACUCACCCGUGUGUUCAGUCAUAGCCUAUCGAAGGGAAGAUGGCUUUAUGAAACUCAUUAGAAUAAUGUGAGUCAACGUUUAUUCAUAAAUCUGGUCCUUCACCGUCACGUGUGUAUUGCACUUUGACAAAUCCGCCAAUAGCAAUUUCCAAUUUCCCUAUUGUUCGAGUCACGGAUAGAUAACUUUCCUAAAACAUUGCUAUUGGUUAGUUGGGCAAAAAAUACGAUACAUACGUGACGGUGAAGGACCAGAUUUAUGACUAUAAACGUUGACUAACAUAGAUAUAUUGUUAUUCUAAUGAGUUUCACAGCCAUAUCUUCCCUUCGAUCGAUUGACUAUGGUAAAGUAUAGUGCACAGGCACUCAAAUUAUAACAAUAAGGUGAGUUUCUAAAGGUCUCCUUUUAUGAGACACCCUGAAUACUGUACAAUUAAAGUUUUUGCAAGGGCCAAGACUAUAUCUAUACACUUUGCAUGCAGUUGCAAAAUUAACUUCAGUUGACUUAGCAAAAUAGCAAUACUAUCCAAAGAACCUCGAAAUUUUCGCGUUUUUUUAGUUUUACAUGCAUUUAUAAAUUUUCAAUAGUUUGGUGUUCUUUUAGUCAAACCGAACAAGUUUGAUCAUGAGUACUGAGGUUGGUCAAAUAAUUUUCUUGAUAAGUGUUAAAACCUACAGCCUUCUUUGAAUAGCUAGAAUUUUAUGAGCUUGAUGAACUUCGGCGAGGAUGAGAGUUGCAAUUCUCGCUCGAUUUUGACCACCAAAUCUCAUCAACUCUCACUGAUUCGAGCUGGUUCAAACUUUAAUGAAAGUUGAUAAGAUAUUUCACUGCGCGCGCGGCAAUAUUCAGUUAAUUCUUAUGCAACUCUUGUUUUCGUUAACGGGGCACGAGAGUUGAGAAAACUCUCAUGCAAACGGUCGCUUCUCAAAUCUCAUUCUCUUUUGACCAUGGCUUUAUACGUCUGAUUUUUUGUAUACUUUGUCAUAGAAAGACCCUGUUUUUUGACUUUCGCAAAAUUAUGUCUGGAUUUUCAAGGGUUUUUCAAGACUUUUUUUACCAUGGAUUAUAAAAACAAUGGAAUAGAAACUCAUGAUCACGCAUGAUGUUUCUGCGUGUUGAUGGAGUCUCACAUGUUGAAAUUUAUGACGUCACUAAAUCCAAAAUAAUUCCGCGUUACUUAACAAUAAUACAGCUAUUUAAUAUUAAAGCUGAGUAUUUUAGAAGAAACGUAACGUAAGAAUACAAUUAUGCAAUUCUACAGUGAAAUAACUAAAUAUCGUUGGUUAGACCGUGAAAUACGCGUCACAAAUGCCUAUUUGUUGAUUAAACAUUCAAAUUGACAAAAAACAUUCGUUUCGAAUAAGUGCCAUGGUACUCUCAAUAUAGCUACUUAACCGAAUGGAAAACAAUACAGGAAAAUGGAAGGAAAACGCAGUAAACUUUACUAUAUUGUUGUAUACGUGACAUCACGUACUUAAAAUAAGUCACGUCUGCUGGCGUUAGCUGUUUCAUAUCUAUUUUUUAACUAUUCAAUGUUUUACUAUACAUGCAUCAAGUUGACUGAAUAAAAGUUCUUUGACUAUGUAAUGUAAAGUUUGAGUGGAUUGAUACGGAUACAACUAUCUGAACUAAAAUACAAGGAGAACUUCGACGUUUCAAGCGAAGGUGCUUCGUUGGGAAGUUAUAGUUUGAGUGGGCAGUUGCUGCAAUAAGCAAGAAACGUACGUGCGCAGCAUCAAUUCCAUCUGAUUAGUCAGGACUAUAGAUAGACUAUCCUUUUGAAUUCAAUCGGCUGCCAAUUUUGAAGCCGGAAUAUUUAGAAUGAGAUGAGAUUUUAAAGUCUGUCAAAAUCGCUGCAAAUCGGAUCGCGACGUGUUUAAAUUAGAUACGUUAUCAAACAAAUGUCUUACCCUAUGUGACUUGAAAUAUAUAGGUUAUACCACAUCUAUUCUAAUGACUUUUAUAACGUUUUAAACACUCGAUAAUAAGAUAUGUGGCAGCCAUCUUGGUGUGACGUCAUUAGUUAUUCAGGGACAAAUUUGAAAGUGAAGAGAGGCCACUGUUGAUAAAUUUAUUUUCAAACAAAGUUUAUCCAUUCCCACCGAUAUGAUUAGAAACUGUAAGAACCACUUCUAACAAGUCACCAACACCACAGUAGAUUUGUGGUGGUCACACCAAUAUGGCCGCCAUUGACUUCAAUUAUGCAUAGAGGAUGGAGUAUCCAUGCAGCCCUAGUUUUCUGAUCAGUGGUUUUGCUGACCCAUGCUGUGAUGCACGAAGUGAAGGUCGACACAUGUUAUAUAUUUCCUUGAUAAUAUUAAUUUCGCCAUAUUUAGCGGACGAAAACGGUUGUUUUUUAAGUAUCAAAAAGGUAAUUUGUGUCCGCAUAAUAUUAAUCCGCAUAGCAAUAGUAAAGCCAAAAGGCCGUGAGAAAAUAUUUAAUUUAGGAUUUCUUGAUAUUUUAUUGGAUUUUCUUGUGGGGUUGCGCCUCCUCGUCGACGGCCAAAAAUUUCUCCCAACGUUACAUGUAUCUUCCAAUUUUCAACUAUUUUAAUAUGUGCCGUGGAUCUCUCUUUUACCAUUCCCCAAAAUUUUAAGUCUGCCUGGUUUUUUGUGUGGAGUUACCCGAUUUUUAAAUAGAAUCUGCCAGACGCAAAAAAAUGAUAUGGGUUUGGGGGGUGGGGGUGGACUGAACUGGUGGGGGAGGGGUGCUGCAGAAUUGAUGAUCACCAUGUGUAUAUAAAGAUAACAAGACGCCUGCUCAGUUCACACUGGCCUGAAAAUAACGAGAUACGUGCUAUAGUGCAAAAGGCGGGAAUACAAAUCUUAAACGCAUUCUUUUAAAAAAAUAAAAGACCUUUUCGGGAGACGUAAUGGAGAUCGAUGCACGUGCAAAUCAUGCCGACCUACAGAAUCGAUUUCCGGUUUUUGCUAACAGCGCGUCGUUUUCAUGUGCGUUCCAUGGGCCGCGCUAAAAAUAUAAAUAUUCUGUAAAUACCGAAAUAAAAGAUGAAAAUCUCAAGACACAAGCUUGAAAAUAACACUAUAAAUAGUGUUUUCGAUUCUGGUUCCAAUAAAAUUAUCACGAAAAAGAUAUGUCCAAAGGGGCCGAAGUUAUGUUCGGCAAAAUGUAUGGCUAGUUUACAUUGUUUGUUGUAUUAUGAAAUAUGAUACCAUACUUGUAUUAAAAUUCGCGUCGAACUAAUGUUAUUGUAAAUGAGUAGACUUGCCACAAGUCGACCUCGAACGAAAUGCGUUUCUUUGAGGUCGACUUGUGGCAAGUCUGGCAAAUGAGAACCAUACAAAUGAUACAAUAAUGGUUCUAGUUCUUGUUGGUAUUUUGAACGCACGCUUUAUCUUUAGUAUAGCUACCACAAAGCUUUUCGCGCGGAUCAUAUUUCGUGGAGUACUAAAUAUUAUAUUUUGUGGUUUUCGAGUCAUUACACAAAGAAAAACACAUUAAUUCAACACGCAAGAAAGUCCAGAGUACGACACAACGUAAAAUACAUAGGAAACCGGCACAAUUCUUUGAAAAUUCAACGAAACUGUGUAAAAUAUAGUUUGAUCACUCUGUGAAAAGCCGCCAUUGCAGUUCGGAAUUGUGCGCGUGCGUACAAGUGUAUAGGCUAAUAAACGAAAAAUGUACCACAAGCAUGGCAUGAGUCUGCUAUUACGUACAUAUAUACGAGCUUAUUACUAUACUAUCUAAAUCAUGGAACCGAGGGAAUCGAUGGCGUUUUGGGUUAAUCGUUGCACCCUGAGCCUGCGAUGAGCUAACGCAAACUCGAUUUCUCGAUUACGAAAAAAAAACAGAAAAAGGGGGAUUUAAGACACUUGGCCUUACAGGCCAGUGUAAUUAUGAAGUUGACCGCGAUAUGACCGCAUAUAUAACGCUUGACAGACUUGACAGAAUGAAAGCCGCUUAUUCUAGAGAAAGAGUGAAGUAAUUCUAAAUUUUGAGCAUCUCGGUGCAAAGGUCCCUCAUGGAGAUGGAUAUUUUCGAACGAUAAACAACAAUCUACUUAUUAAUGAUAUUUAUUAUUUACUGGGUUUGAGCAGUGGAGAAAAAUCCUGCUUGUGAUUUUCAACUUGCUGAAAGAAGUGGAAUCUACGCCCUUGCAAUUCAUUCAUAACACAUGGCAUAUUUUUUAUCUUAACAAUUGUGUAAGUUAAAUUGUCAAAAUCGCAAGAAUCGCGCAAUCGUAAGACACCAAUCGCAAUCGCAGAAAUCGCAACUAUCUAUUUGUACGACUCUUCUGAUGCGACAAUUGUUAUAUUUAUGAUUUAAUAGAAACUAGGCAUGAAACUUAAAUGCAGUACAAUGCAACAUAUAAUAUCGUUAAGAUGCGCUAAACAAUAUAUAUUCUGCAACACACAAAUUCUUUAGUUCCUUGCUAAGAUUUUUAAACUUAUUGUAGACUGAACUGUUUUAGCUAAGUAAAACUACCAAGUUCUAUAGUAGAAAUAUGUUGUUUAUCUCUCCGUAUUAGAAAAUAUUUUCAAAUAAUGGAAACAUUUCAAAUUACAUGCACAAUGUCACAAUCAAGUUUUUGCUUUGCAGGUGAUUGCACAUGAUGAUGAUUUAUGCAAGGAAACAUGUGUAGAGAAAUCCCUUCGUAGAAUAAUACAUGCAGGUAAUUUAGUCUAGGACCUGUAUAGGAGUUUGUAUGUGUUUCAUUUACCACAGGUAACCUCAACUGUUUUAGGGUAAAAUGACCAUGGCGGUCAACAUGGCAUAUGCGCCGAAACCUGAAUCCGGGACGAAAGUCCUGAAAAUGACCCCGCCCUGAAACGGCAGUGCCGACAUAGCUCUAACUUCCGAAACUAAGCAAAAGCGACAGCCUUUCUGAAGUGCUUACAGUGUUUAAAAGGGUUCCUUUUAGGGGUGGUUAUUGGAAGGAAAAAUUUGUGUAAGUAUAAUAUUUUACGAGAAAAUUACCAUUCAUCACCCCAGGUAAAUUGCUAAUAUGCAUAAAAUAACGAAUAUAGGCUACAUGGCAGAAAUUAAAUAUCCUUAUUUCCUAAAAAAAAUUACCAUUGGGAUGAAAAACUAUGCUUAAUUUAAUAUAAUUAUGUAGUUUUCAUAAGGAUUGUCAUUGUUUUCUAUAAAUAUAAUUAUCACUUAUUUACUGAGACCGAGGGAAACAGUGUGUUUUGUGGACACGCUUUCAAGAGGUCUCAGUAAAUAAGUGUCUUAUUAUAUACUAAUAGUAAAAAAACCAACAAAUUAAAGAACAAAUGAACGUAAAUACAUGAAAUAUUUUAUUGUUAAAGCGUUAUAUUAAACACUGGCUACACUGCAGUUACUUAAAGCGAAAGUUUUAAUUACGUACUAGGCAUGUCCACAGGUCGCAUCUUCACGUGAUGGCGCACGUGAUUUUUUUUGUUAUUCCCCAGUCGAUAACGUAUUAUCUCCCUCUCGCGCUGUUGCGAGGGAGACAGCCUGAUUUCGUCACUCUCACGUGAUAUGCUCUCAACCAAUAAAACACUAGAAAAAUGCGACUUUGACUAUUGAUAUAUAAUAAUAUACUUUAUUUCACUUCCCCCCACGAAAACACGAUUUCAGCCAUACUUUGCCGUCUUGUUUGCUUUAUAUCGCCGUGUCUCGCAAAUAACAUCCAGUUGUUGUAUUUUUACAUAAUGGCAAAUGGUUAUAGGAGAUUUCAAUCAAGUUUCGGCUAGUUUUGAAGCAGUGCAGUGUAUUUUAUCUUUAAUAUUGUGUCCUUCGAUAUUUCGUCUAAUAUGCCGCCAUUUUAAUGGCUCGCCGAUUGUCUGCCCGAUAAAUGCCACUUCUUCGUCUUCAUAUGUAUUUAGAUUACAGUAUCUAAGAGUACUUCAUUGUAGAAUAGUCCUAAUCGAAAAAUUGAAAACAUUACUUGCACUUGGAAGGAAAAUACCUCCCAUAAGAAAUUCAGGAUAGGAAUAAAAACAAAUCAUUUGAAAGUCACGCGCAAUCUUCGCGAAAAUUCCUCGCGGCUGCUUGACAGGGGGGGGGGGGCGAAUAUUUCCAAGAAACGUUUGCUCGCCACCACAGCAACUCAAGUUUCAACUAAAUAUAUUGUAUUUAUUGUAUUUUAUGAUUUAAAGAUAAAAACAAUAAAUAUUUACGUAUUUUUAUUAUCAAUCAUAAAAAUACAAUAAAUAUAAUAUAUCCAGUUAGGUCGCUGUUGGCGAACAAACGUUUCGUGAAAAUAUUCACCUCCCCCUGUCAAGCAGCCACGAGGAAUUUUCGCGAAGAUUGCGCGUGACUUUCAAAUGAUUUGUUUUUAUUCCUAUCCUGAAUUUGUUAUGGGUUUUUUUUCCCUUUCAAGUGCAAGUAAUGUUUUCAAUUUUUCGAUUAGGACUAUUCUACAAUGAAGUGCUCUUGGAUACUGUAAUCUAAAUACAUAUGAAGACGAAGAAGUGGCAUUUAUCGGGCAGAGAAUCGGCGAGCCAUUAAAAUGGCGGCAUAUUAGACGAAAUAUCGAAGGACACCAUAUCAUAAAAUACACUGCACUGCUUCAAAACUAGCCGAAACUUGAUUGAAAUCUUCUUUAACCAUUUGCCAUGACGUAAAAGUACAACAACUGGAUGUUAUUUGCGAGACACGGUGAUAUAAAGCAAACAAGACGGCAAAAUAUGGCUGAAAUCGUGUUUUCGUGGGGGGUAAGUGAAAUAAAAUAUAUUAUAUUUAUAGAAAAUAAUGACUAUCCUUAUGAAAACUACAAUAAUUAUAUUAAAUUAAGCAUAGUUUUUCAUCCCAUGAUAAUUUUUCUUAGGAAAUAAGGAUAUUUAAUUUCUGCCAUGUAUAUUAGUUAUUUUAUGCAUAAUUAGCAAUUUACCUGGGGUGAUGAAUGGUCAUUUUCUUGUAAAAUAUUAUACUUAGACAAAUUUUUCUUUCCAAUAACCACCUCUAAAAGCAACCCUUCUAAACACUAUAAGCAAUUCAGAAAGGCUGUCGCUUUUGCUUUUCAGAAGUUAGAGCCAUGUCAGCACUGCCGUUUCAGGGCGGGUCAUUUUCAGGACUUUCGCCAUGGUCAUUUUACCCUAAAACAGUUGAGAUUACCAGUGGUAAAUGAAACGCAUACAAAGUCCUAUACAGGUCCUAGACUAAUUGUAUUUUUGUAAAAUCUCGUGCAUAAAUGUAUUCAUGGAUGUACUAAAGGCGGGAAGAAAAGAAAAUAUAAUAAAGGGAAAAGACUUUCAAAUAAAAAUCAUACGACAUUCCGACCCUUUAUAUUUCAUCAAGUCAAAUCUUUACAUUAUAAGGUUACAAAAGGGAAUUACCGAAGCCAGUAGUACCAAGAAUCAUUGAAACUGAAUGGAAGACAAUACAAUUAACUUUCAACACCACAGAGCUGGCAAACUAUAGUGGACUGCAUUAUAUUGUGGAAGUAAAGCCGGUUUGGAAUUAUUUCCACACGAGAGAUGUCUUUACUCUUUUUCCGUACAUACCAAAAUACCACUUGGUAAGUUUAAUUAUAAAAACUGUUUUAUGAUAAGCAUACAGUAUGCAAGCUAACUUAUUUUUCAUUAUUUGCAUAAAUUCAUAGGAACGUAUUUAAACUAGCUAAAUUUUCCAUGGCCAGAAAUCACGGACAUUUUCAUUUCUCAGGUUUCACGUUGCCACGCGCAUCCACGCAACAUUGGCUGCGCAAUGCCCUAUGCUUAUUAUCGGACGAGCGGAGUAUUUUGAAUAUAGCAUGCUACAUAUAAAUCUUGGAAUAUUUGCCGAAUUUGUUCCAGAAGUAGCGGCCGCACGGCCGCACGUAUAGUAACACAUUAAAAAAAUGUUCUCAUUAUUUUGGGUCUCUGCAAAGAAAGGAAACCGAAACGACCGAAUCCGGAAACGACCGAAACCGGAAACGACCGAAACCGGAAAUUCCCGCCUAAUUUCCCGCAUAACGAAUAAUUAUAUUGUUGAUGCUCGAUCGCUGACAUAUCAUUUAGAUAAAUAU